UUGAUAAUUGAUGCUCCGACCGAUUCGCAUCUAGUCCUGAAUCUUGUUUACUUGUACUGAGAGAAGAAGAAGAAGAAGAAGCAAAGAAAUGUCUUCGUUAAGCGUUCCUCCAUUUCCUACGAAUCCAAAAGACGAUGCAAUCCAACUCUACCGAGCCUUUAAAGGAUUGGGAUGUGAUACUCCCGUUGUUAUCAAUAUCCUUGCUCAUCGAGAUGCGACACAACGUGCUCUCAUCCAACAAGAGUACAGGCUAAUGUAUUCUGAAGAUCUUCUUAAACGAUUGGCUUCAGAGCUUCAUGGCAAGUUAGAGAGGGCUGUAUUGCUUUGGAUACUUGAUCCAGCAGCACGCGAUGCAACAGCUAUCAGGCAGGCCUAUGUUGCAGCUGAUCUCCGAGCUUUAACUGAAAUAAUAUGUUCUCGCACCCCGUCCCAGAUUCAGUUAAUUAAGCAACAUUAUCAUUCGCAAGUUGGGAUUCACCUCGAGGAGGAGAUUCAACAACAGACCCCUGAUGAUCAUCAAAAGCUCUUGCUUACUUAUGUAAGCACAGCACGAUAUGAAGGUCCAGAAGUUGGCAGAGAGGAGGCAGUAAAAGAUGCCAAGGCUCUCUUCAAGGCUGGGGAGAAGAAAUGGGGUACUGAUGAGAAGACCUUUAUACGUAUAUUUAGUGAACGAAGCAGGGCACAUAUGGUUGCAGUUGAUGCUGCUUAUCAUGAAAUGUAUGGAAACUCACUGAAAAAGGCCGUGAAGAAAGAGACGUCAGGAAUGUUUGAGUUUGGUCUGUUGACAAUCUUACAGUGUGCACAUAAUCCUGCCAAGUUCUUUGCCAAGGAACUUUACAAGGCGAUGAAAGGUCUAGGGACGAAUGAUACCACACUGAUAAGGAUAAUCGUUACAAGAACUGAGAUUGAUAUGCAGUAUAUUGCAGCUGAAUACUUUAAGAAAUACAAGGAGACACUCAAUGAGGCCGUUCAUUCAGAAACCUCAGGCCACUACAGGACUUUCCUUCUCUACCUUCUGGGCGAGAACCAUUAAUUAUUAGUUAUAGCCUGAGAGAUAAUAGGCCUGCCUUAACCUUAAUUAGAUAAUCUACCGCAUUUGAUUUUGUUCUUAUUUAGUUUCUACCUUAUUCUUUCGCUUAGUAUGUUGAUGGGUAAAAUUUACAUUAUAAUUUUAACGUAUGAACCGCUUUCAUUCUUCUAUCAAAUUCUUUGAGGUGGAUUUCGAAUUCUCAUUUUGUCCCAGUGAGAAAUGGAAAUUAACCCCAGAAAAUUCAAGGUGAGAAGAGGAGUUGUUCAAACAUUAAAACUACAAUGCAGUUUUACCCAUCAACCCAAGAAUAAGGUAGGAAUUGAAUGAAAAUUAAAACAAGUAGGGGGGGAAGUGUUGAGAGUCAUAUAAGUCUGAAAUAAAAUGGCAUUAGCAUUUAAGUAUUAAGUUUCUUUAUGCACUUUUUUUUUUUUCAAAUGUAUGGCCUCGAGUUGUUUCCCUUUGACUCUUUAAAUUCAGUCGGUGAUGUAUUGUGUGUGAUGAAUUGAAAAUUUUAUGUAUAUAUAUAUAUAUAGCCCCGAGUUUGUUCUUGCUUGUUC